UUCUCUCUAUCUCGCAGUAGAAUCCAGAGAGACAUAGAGGAAGCUAUUUGGAGGUCCAAUGGCGGAAUGAGCUGAGGCCUGCAUUUUCUUCUAGGUGGAAGAAGGUGAUGUCUCCGCAAGAAAAAGAAGACGAAGAUACUCGAAACGCGCCGUUUUGUGUUCUUGAUGGGCUCUACUGCGAGGAAGAGAGCGGGUUCGUGGAGGAUCUCGUGGUGGGGACAGAUGGAGAUGGAGAUUUGUGGGAUAAGUCCGAUGAAUUUUCCCAAAAAUCUCCGUUUUUCACUCUGAUCUUACCUGAACAGGACAUGUUCUGGGACGACGAUGAAUUGUUGAGUCUAGCUUCAAAGGAAAAUGAAACAAAGCCGUGUUUUUGUGACAAAAUCUUGGAUGAGUUUCUGGUUUUGUGUCGGAAAGAGGCUCUCGAUUGGAUUUUUAGGGUGAAAUCCCAUUAUGGGCUCAGUUCAUUGACCGCUCUUCUCGCAGUCAACUACUUCGACAGGUUUAUUACAAGCAUAAAGUUUCAGACAGAGAAGCCAUGGAUGUCUCAGCUUGCAGCCGUGGCUUGCUUGUCUCUGGCCGCGAAAGUGGAAGAGAUUCAAGUCCCUUUGCUCUUAGACCUUCAAGUAGAAGAAGCGAGAUACGUCUUCGAGGCGAAAACCAUACAAAGAAUGGAGCUUUUGGUUCUGUCCACUCUCCAAUGGAGGAUGCACCCUGUCACUCCAAUCUCCUUCUUCGAUCACAUUAUACGUCGUUUCGGGUCCAAAUCUCAUCACCACUGGGAGUUCAUGAGGAGGUGUGAGCGUCUGCUUCUCUCCGUCAUUGUUGAUUCGAGAUUUAUGAGUUACACACCUUCAGUGUUGGCUACUGCGAUCAUGAUCUAUGUCAUGAAGGAAUUUAAGCCGUGUGAUGAAGCUGAAUACCAAUCUCAGCUCAUGAAUCUACUCAAAGUCAGUCAGGAGAAAGCAAACGAAUGCUAUGAACUAUUGUUGGAAAUCAAUGGAAGCCAAAACAUGGGCAAGAGAAGAUCGAAUCUGAGAGUGCCGGCCAGUCCAACGGGCGUAUUCGAAGCAGCGUUCAGCUCUGACAGCUCAAAUGACUCGUGGGUCGUGUCAGCUACAUCAGUGUCCGAGCCACUGCUCAAAAGGAGACGAGUGCAGGAGCAGCAGAUGCGUCUACCUCCCUCAGUAAACCGUCUCUUUCUCGAUGUUCUUAGUAGUCCUCGCUGGUAUUGUUCACCAAUAGAAUGGACAGGCAUAAUUCAAUCCCUCUAUUCAUGUUCCCUCUCGGCCAGCUAAGUUAGUUUCCACUCCUCGGGUCAAAUCUUUCCUCUGUUUCGGGCAGUUUGGUAUCGAUAAUCCGGAAAUGAAGGGAUCUUUUGUUACCUAUAAAAGACAGUUUUUUUGCAGAUCUUAUAUGUUAAGAAGCCUAUAAGAAAGUAAUGGGUAUGUGCCCCCCAUUUGAUAGUAUCUCUUGCAUGUAAAUUGAAUAGAGGUUGUUCAUCAUGGAUCAUAUAUAUAUAU